GUCUCUUCCAAGGUUCUUCAAGGAGAAUAUUAUCCCUCACAAAAUUCUCCAAUUUCGUAUGGGUAAUUAUGGUAACAGUGACCCAAAUUGAUUUCACAGAUGUGGCUUAAACUUAUGGAUUCUGAUCGUUCAAGAAAGCCCUCAGAAAACUUAGUUCAUUCUAGAUUCUUCCUCUCUGGUUUCUAUUGCUGGGAUUGGGAAUUCUUAACCGCUCUUCUUCUCUUUAGCUGUUAGAAAAUUAAAUUUGUUUGGUUUAUUUUUAUAUUUUUUCUUUUAGAAUAUUAUUAGGAAUUAUUAUUAAUUAGGUGAAGGGUAAAUCGGGAAGAAAAAAUGUCGCAGCGAUCGGUGCCGGCGCCGUUUUUGACGAAGACGUAUCAGAUGGUGGAUGAUUUUGCGACGAGGGAUGUGAUUUCGUGGAAUGAAAGUGGCGAAAGUUUUGUGGUUUGGAAACAUGCGGAUUUUGCUAGGGAUUUGCUUCCUAAGUAUUUUAAACACAAUAAUUUCUCCAGCUUUGUUCGCCAGCUCAAUACAUAUGGGUUUCGAAAGGUAGUAGCAGACAAAUGGGAAUUCGCAAACGAAAAUUUCAAACGAGGCCACAAAGAACUCCUCACCGAAAUCAAACGCCGCAAAACCGUAUCACAACCGUCGUCACAGCCUCCAGAAACCGAAAAAACCAGCGCCCACAACAACUCUCCGUCAAACUCCGACGACAACAACGGAGUUGGAUCCACCUCCACAGUGCGAUCAACCUCUUCCUCCAAUUCAAAGAACCCCGGAUCAGUAGAAACAACACCUCCACAGUACGUCAAUUUAUCGUCCGAGAACGAGAAACUGAAAAAGGAAAACGAGAUAUUGAGUUGGGAGUUAGCACGUGCGAAGCACAAGUGCGAUGAGUUGGUGGCUUUUCUAAAAGACCGUUUGAACGUGGGACCCGAUCAGAUCGAUCGCAUUAUGAAGGAAAAGAAGUGUGAGUCGGUUCAAAAUGCGGUUGGUGAAGGUGAAGAAAAUGGAAGAGAUAGUUUGAAACUGUUUGGUGUUUGGUUGAAAGAAGAAAAGUAUACAGAGAAAAGAAAGAGAAAUUGUGAAGAACAAUUGGGGUUUGGUGGGCCCAGGGCUAAAGUGACAAACAAUGUUGUUGACUUUAGUGCUGUCAAUGUUGUGAACAUGAUGAAAAGUGGCAAGAUUUGUAACUGAAAUUUAUGACUUUAGCUUGCCACAUUUUACAAAUAGAAUUACCUUUCUUUCUUUUAUUAAUAAGUGUCAUUCUGAAAAAUGCUAAGAUCACUAUCAUCAUGUUUGGCCUUGGGUAGAAAGAAAAUUUGUUACCCAAUGUUUCUUUUAUGUGGGUUAAUUUUAAUUUAGUCUAUAGGUAAUAUACUUGUAUGAAUAUUAGUUGAGAGUUGUUGUAAAGUUGAUACAAAUAAUCAAUCUAUGGCUUUUUAGGAUAAUGAUGAAAA